UGACAACUGCAAAACAGUUGAAAAUCCCACACAGAUGGAUACCGAUCAGGACGGGCUGGGAGAUGAAUGUGAUGAUGAUAUGGAUGGGGAUGGCUUGAAGAAUAUCCUGGACAACUGCCAGCGAGUCCCCAACCCAGACCAGAAAGACAGAGACAAUGAUGGGGUGGGGGAUGCUUGUGAUAGUUGUCCUGAUAUGGUCAACCCUAACCAGUCUGACUCAGAUGAUGACCUUGUAGGCGAUACCUGUGAUGACAACAUAGACAGUGAUGGUGAUGGCCACCAGAACACAAAGGACAACUGCCCUACAGUCAUCAACUCCUCUCAGCUGGACACUGACAAGGAUGGAAUGGGAGAUGAAUGUGAUGAUGAUGACGAUAAUGACGGCAUACUGGACAAUGAUGAUAACUGCAGACUAGUUGCCAACCCAGACCAGAAGGAUGCAGACAAGAACAGAGUUGGAGAUGCAUGUGAAGGAGAUUUUGACAAAGACAAUGUCAUUGACAUAAUCGACCACUGCCCAGAGAACGCUGAGGUCACUCUGACCGACUUCAGAGCCUAUCAGACUGUGGUGCUGGACCCAGAGGGGGACUCUCAGAUCGAUCCCAACUGGAUGGUCCUCAAUCAGGGCAUGGAGAUAGUUCAGACCAUGAACUCUGACCCUGGCCUUGCUGUAGGCUACAAAGCUUUCAGUGGGGUUGACUUUGAGGGAACGUUCCACGUGAACACAGUGACAGAUGAUGACUAUGCUGGCUUCAUUUUUGGCUACCAGGACUCCUCCUCCUUCUACGUGGUGAUGUGGAAACAGACAGAACAAACCUACUGGCAGGCUUCGCCCUUCAGAGCCGUUGCUGAGCCGGGAAUACAACUCAAGGUUGUGAAGUCUAAGACGGGUCCUGGCGAGUAUCUGAGGAACUCCCUCUGGCACACAGGAGACACCCCCGAGCAGGUCCGUCUGCUGUGGAAGGACCCCAGGAACGUUGGGUGGAAGGACAAGGUCUCCUACCGCUGGUUCCUCCAGCACAGACCACAGGUUGGAUACAUCAGGGCUCGCUUCUUUGAGGGUUCAAACCCAGUGGCGGACACAGGGGUGAUAAUUGACACCAGUAUGAGAGGCGGGAGACUGGGCGUGUUCUGCUUCUCUCAGGAAAAUAUAAUCUGGUCCAAUCUGAAGUACCGUUGCAAUGACACCAUUCCUUAUGACUACCAGGAUCUCAAUGACCAGAACACACAGUGAAGCAAGAGAAGGAGAGUAACCCAUCAAGAAAACAACUUGUGCAUGGCUGCGCUGUUGAGAACAAAGAGGUGGAGGACAUGAGUUAGAGAAAGAGGAAUGUGAGAGGUACCAUGAUGGACAGUUUUGGUAAAAUACUUUGAUGAUGGUAUUUUAACUUUUUCAUUCACGUGGGAGGGUUUUUAGGAAAGCAUAACAUUGGGCAUUAUAUACUUUAAUUAAGUGUAACUGAAGGCAGUACAUUCUUGUGUAAAUCAUCAGCAGGUUCUGUGUAUAUCGAUAUCAACUGAAGUGUUCUCAGUAUUUCAUGAGUACUGUUAACGAUGCAAUACUGAUUUUGAAUAUAUUGUAAGUGCAAUAAAAUCCUAAGCAUUUCACAAAAUCAAAGAAGGUUCUAUCUUAUUUUUUUACAUGACUAGCAUUGUAUGCUAUGUAUCUAUAUUAAGGAAAACUAAAUUGGCCAAUAAACACACCACAUGACAUUCAAUGGAUGUUUUAUUGAAAGAAUUUGAACUAUGUGAACUGCAUGGUACCCACAUCUCUGUAUUUCAAACAUACUACUUUAA